UUUUCCCCAUUUUCACUUCACUAUCAGCUUCACUCCGUCUCUCUCUACUUUCUCACUCUUUCUCUCUACGAAAACUCUGAAAACGCAUAAGAAAGAGAUCUAUUUGCACACACACACACACAGAUUCAAUUUUUCUGCCCUCAGGAAAAAAAGCAUUUUGGCAAAGUUCAAGAUCAAGAACCGAAAGUGAGAAAAAGCUGUAUUCUUUCCCUUUUUCUUCUUUCUUCUUGUUAAAGCUUACAACUGUUGAUAACAAGGAUGGUGGACGUCGACCGGAGGAUGACCGGUCUCAAUCCGGCUCAUGUUGCCGGCCUUCGCCGCCUCUCUGCACGGGCAGCCGCAUCAGCACCUUCCACGCCUCUCCCGCCGCGCAACAGUCUGUUCUCCUUCACUUCCCUGGCGGACAAAGUGAUUUCCCACUUAAAAAGCUCGGGUAUCCCAGUCCAGCCGGGACUGACUGAAUCGGAGUUCGCCGUAGCUGAGGCUGAGUUCGGGUUUGCUUUCCCUCCGGAUUUGAAAGCUGUACUGUCAGCUGGAUUGCCUCUAGGAGCCGGCUUCCCUGAUUGGCGUUCAUCUGGGUCGGCGCGCCUCCACCUCCGCGCCUCCAUUGACCUCCCCAUUGCUUCCAUUUCCUUCCACAUAGCUCGCAAUGCUCUCUGGUCAAAAUCCUGGGGACCACGGCCAUCCGAUCCGGAAAAGGCCCUGAAAAUAGCCCGGAACGCUCUGAAACGGGCCCCGCUUUUGAUACCCGUUUUCAACCAUUGUUAUAUCCCUUGCAACCCUUGUUUGGCUGGAAACCCUAUUUUCUACGUGGAUGAAAAUAGGAUUUUCUGUUGUGGGUUCGAUUUAUCCGACUUUUUUGAUCGUGAGUCCACCCUUUUCCAUCGAAACCCGGAUCCGAGUAUUCUCUCCAAGCAACGCUCCAUCAGUGAAAAAUCAGCUGGGUCAUCAACCAAUUUUUCACGCAGGAGCUUAGAUACCGUUACCGGCGGACGAACGCCGCGAUGGGUGGAGUUCUGGAGCGACGCAGCCGUGGAUCGUCGUAGAAGGAAUUCAAAUUCGUCAUCAUCGUGCUCAUCAUCACCGGACAGGUAUAUCGACAUGCCAAGAUCCGAAAUGCCUAAAUGGGUGAACGACUAUGUAAGCCAAAUCGGAUCGGUUCUGAGGGAAGGGGGUUGGGCAGAAUCCGACGUCUCGGAGAUUGUUCAAGUAUCAGCAUCCGGGUUCUUCGAGGGCGAGAUGGUGAUGCUGGACAACCAAGCGGUGCUGGACGCGCUGCUACUGAAAGCGGAUCGGUUGUCAGAUAUUCUCCGUAAAGCGGGAUGGAGCUCCGAAGAGGUUUCGGAUGCGUUGGGGUUUGAUUUCCGACGGGAGAAGGAAAAGAAACCGGUUAAGAAGCUGUCGCCUGAGUUGGCGGAGAGAAUCGGGAAACUGGCGGAGUCGGUAAACCGGUCAUCAUCCGCAUCAUCGUCAUCAUCAUAGUUUGGCAACCGGCAACCGGCAAACAUCGAGAUUCUUUAAGCUUUUGUUUUUAUCUUUUUUCAGUUUCCCCAAGCCUCGGGUUUGCUUUUUGCCUCAUUCGAGGUACAAACUUUGGUUUAGGAACUCGGAAAAGAAACACGGUUUUGAUGUUGUACUGCGGAAAAAAGGCAAAAAACAAAAACAAAAAAUGGUAUAGAAAUGCUCAAACACAAACGGAAAAGAUUUACUAUACUUGUAAUGUAAUGAAGAAUAUAAUUCAGAUUUUUAUUUUUUGUCAUUUGCCCCUAA